AACUCUCAGGUAGUUUUGCUGUGGCAGAGCUUCUCAUCGAACACAACGCUACUGUUGAUGCCAAAGGUGAUUUUGACAUGACGCCACUCCAUUACUCUGCGCAAAGUGGUAGUUUUGACGUGGCAGAGCUUCUCAUCAAACACAACGCUACUGCUGAUUUUAAAACUCAUGGACAAAUAACACCACUCCAUUACGCUGCGAAAAGUGGUAGUUUUGAUGUGGCACAACUUCUGAUCAAACACAACGCUAAUGUUGAUGCGAAAGAUGAACAACAAAUGACGCCACUACAUUACGCUGCGGAAAGUGGUAGUUCUGAUGUUGUAAAACUUCUCAUCGAUCACAGCGCUAAUGUUGAUGCGAAAGCUAAUGAACAAAUGACGCCACUCCAUUACGCUGCGCAAAGUGUUAGGCAAAGUGGUAGUUCUGAUGUGGCAGAGCUUCUCAUCAAACACAAUGCUACUGUGGAUGCGCAAACUGAUUAUGGAAUGACACCGCUCCAUUACGCUGCGAAAAAUAGCAAUGCGAUAAUUUACAAAAUCCUAUAUCUGCAUGGGGCCAAUAUAAAUGCAUCCGAUAACUUUGAGCAUAAAGAUGAUACGCCAUAUAAUAUUAAUCCUUCUUUAGGAGAAACAAUUAUUGCUUCAAUCAAAUCUGAUGAGCGAAUUCAAUCUGCUAAGAAGUUCAUUCCAACGGAAACGCGUUCGGUUGGCAAACCUUCUUAAGGGAAAUUCAGACCUCAUCAGACUAGAUCGUAUACUAAACGAUCAAGCUAACCAUUUGCCAUUCAAAAAAAAGUUUGAAUUUCCCAUGAAAAGACUCGAACUCGGUAAAGAGAUUGGUAAA